AUGUUUGGGAAUGCAAAGGACGACGAGAGUUCUACCAUUGGCACUCCUGCAAGCAAUGACGCGCCACAGCCCACCGCAGCCCCGGUGACAGACAACGGAGCUGCAGGCGCAAUAAACACGACCAGCAACGGCUCCGCUUCGAUAGAUCGCAAGCCCAGUGACGCUUCUGCGCCUGCUGAGAGAAAACGACGGAGCAGUGGCGUGUCGCGUGCCCGGGACAUGUUCUCGAGCGCGAAACAGUCGUUGCAUCUCGGCGGCUCGUCAGGCUCUCCCACCUCCAGUACCUCCACCAUGUCAGAAAAGGCCUCCCCUCAAACCCCCAUGCAGAAGCUCGGCAAAUCCGAUGCUGCUCUCAGUGUCCCCCAGGGCUCACUCAACAACUCUGCCGGCGAGUCGGCGCCUGGCCCACGAUCCACCUUCCGCGUCGGUGUCACAGAGGAUAAGAACAAGAAGUGCAGACGAACGAUGGAGGAUACCCACGCAUACCUAUACAACUUCCUGAGCACUCCGGCUCCCUCUUAUGGCGCCGAGAAGACACGCGCCAUAUCCGAUGCCAGUUCGACUCAGUCGGAUGCUCUGUCGCAAGCCGUAGUCGAGACCGACAACGGAUACUUCGCCAUCUUCGACGGACACGCCGGAACGUUCGCUGCCGAUUGGUGUGGGAAGAAGCUCCAUUUGAUUCUGGAAGAGACAAUUCGAAAGAACCCAAAUACCCCGAUACCCGAACUACUCGACCAGACCUUUACCGUAGUCGACCAGCAGCUGGAAAAGCUUCCCCUGAAGAACAGUGGUUGUACCGCGGUCAUCGCUGUCUUGAGGUGGGAGGACCGAGUGCCUAACGCGCAGUCGUCCACCGGCUCAGUCCUCUUCGCACCCGCGGCAGUAUCGGCUAUCAAGCACGCCGGCGAAGGCGAGGCAAAGGAUGGUGCUGAUUCCGCUGUGGAGCCUGCAGCUGAACAACAAGUGGAGGCGAGGUUACGGAACGAGGCCAGUCGACAGCGCGUGCUGUAUACGGCCAACGUGGGCGAUGCGCGUAUUGUUCUCUGCCGUAAUGGCCGAGCACUUCGCCUCUCUUACGACCACAAGGGCAGCGACGAGAAUGAAGGCCGUCGGGUUGCCAGCGCUGGUGGUUUGAUUCUCAACAACCGCGUUAAUGGUGUUCUUGCUGUUACACGAGCAUUGGGGGAUGCCUAUAUGAAGGACCUGGUCACUGGACACCCGUACACCACCGAGACUGUUAUCCAGGCAGAGCAGGACGAAUUUCUCAUUCUUGCUUGCGAUGGACUCUGGGAUGUCUGCUCCGACCAGGAAGCUGUUGACCUAGUCCGCCAAGUCCACGAUCCCCAAGAAGCAUCCAAGAAGCUCGUCGACUAUGCCCUCGCUCGCUUUUCUACCGACAAUCUUUCCUGCAUGGUCGUACGCUUCGACAACAAGGCACUUCGACAGCGCAAGAAUGACGCCGCCAUGGGUGUAGAUGGUGACCAAUCUACCAUGAAGGGCGGAAUUACCGAGGCAGACGCCAUCGUGGCACAAGCGAAGAAAGCAAUCGGCGAACCAGAAGUACCGGUCGAGGCUGCGGCACAGGAAAUCAUUAUGGAGGAGGCGGAGGCAGAGCCAGCCCCCGAUCUCCGCUGUUCCUGUCCCCGGAGCUUGGAUUACUGGAGUCACACGCUCCAUGCGGCUCCGAGGAGCAACGCGAUAAUCAUGUCGGGCGUCGACACGGCAGACUCUACGACCAACGCCCUUUCCAACGAUGCGCGGCCCGCCUUUGUGACGCCGAGGGACUUGCUCCAGCAGUCCCGGGCGCCCUUGCCCCCAAGAGAGCAGCCGCGCCAGCUUUCAGCCGUCGACCGCGAGCAACUGGACGGCUUGAGAACCAUCAGAGCUUUCCUCAAGGCCAGAACAAGCUAUGACGUCCUACCCAUAAGCUAUCGCCUCAUCGUAUUCGACACGGCGCUGCUAGUGAAGAAGAGUCUGAAUAUAUUGAACCAGAAUGGAAUCGUCUCAGCGCCGCUAUGGGACUCCAAAUCCUCCACAUUCGCCGGACUGCUCACGACAUCCGACUACAUAAACGUUAUACAAUACUACUGGCAGAACCCAGACGCUUUGGCGCGGGUAGAUCAGUUCCGCCUAAACAGCCUGAGAGAUAUUGAGAAAGCUCUGGGUGUCAAACCCAUAGAAACAAUCUCCAUACACCCCGAUCGACCCGUAUACGAAGCAUGUCGCAAGAUGCUUGAGUCACGCGCGCGCCGCAUACCUAUUGUCGACAGCGAUGACGAGACACAUAGAACAAUGGUCGUCAGCGUCAUCACCCAAUACCGCAUCUUGAAGUUCAUCGCGGUGAACGUCAAGGAGACGCAGAAGCUACGGAAGCCACUGAAGGAGCUGAACGUUGGCACAUACGAGGAUCUCGCGACUGCAUCCAUGGACACACCGGUUAUGGACGUCAUCCAUAUGCUUGUUAAGAAGAGCAUAUCAAGCGUGCCCAUCUUGGACAGAGCAGGCACCGUGCUGAAUGUCUUUGAGGCUGUAGACGUCAUCACGCUUAUCAAGGGCGGCGUAUACGAUGACUUGAACCUGACGGUCGGCGAUGCGCUACUGAAGCGUUCAGACGACUUCCCUGGCAUCUUCACCUGUUCACUGAACGACAACAUGUCAACCAUAUACGACACAAUCCGGAGGUCGCGCGUGCAUCGAUUCGUCGUCAUAGAUGAGAACAGUAAGCUUAAAGGCAUGGUAACCUUGAGCGACGUUCUCGAGCAUACGCUACUCGAAGGCAUGGAGGACGAGUAG